GCGGGUCUUUACCGGCCGGGCGGCUGCUAGCGUCUGCGGGGCGCUGGCGAUGGGGUUAAAAGCACGUCGCAGUCACCCUGGCUUGGGUGCUGGCUGGGAGCGGUGAGCCUGAGCGUCGUGCCUGCUGCCGCGAUCGAACGCCAUGGACAGGAUCCUCUGCCCCUGCCGCGUGGCCGUGCUCCCGAGGGGCCACUUGUUUCUUCUGCUGCUACUAAUGCUGCUCGCAGACCCGGCGCUCCCUGCACAGCGUCACCCCCCAGUGGUGCUCGUGCCAGGUGAUUUGGGCAACCAGCUGGAAGCAAAACUGGACAAGCCGACGGUUAUGCACUACCUUUGCUUCAAAAAGACUGAUAGCUACUUCACACUGUGGCUGAACCUUGAACUUCUGCUGCCGGUCAUCAUUGACUGCUGGGUUGACAAUAUCAGGCUAGUUUACAACAGAACAUCUGGGACUACCCACUUUCCUGAUGGUGUGGAUGUGCGUGUCCCUGGCCUUGGGAAGACUUUCUCAUUGGAGUUCCUGGAUCCUAGCAAAAGCAGUGUGGGUUCCUAUUUCCAUACCAUGGUGGACAGCCUAGUGGGCUGGGGCUACACACGAGGUGAAGAUGUCCGAGGGGCCCCCUAUGACUGGCGCCGUGCUCCAAAUGAAAACAUGGCCUAUUUCCUGGCCCUCCGAGAGAUGAUCGAGGAGAUGUACCACCUCUAUGGGGGCCCUGUCGUGUUGGUGGCCCACAGCAUGGGCAACAUGUACACGCUAUAUUUUCUACAACGGCAGCCACAAGAUUGGAAGAACAAAUAUAUCCGUGCCUUCGUGUCACUGGGUGCCCCCUGGGGUGGCGUGGCCAAGACCUUUCUUCUCCUGGUAGGAGACAACAACCGGAUCCCUGUCAUUGAGUCACUGAAGAUCCGGGAGCAGCAGCGGUCUGCAGUCUCCACCAGCUGGCUGCUGCCCUACAACUACACUUGGUCACCUGAGAAGGUGUUUGUACGCACACCGACGACCAACUAUACACUGCAGGACUAUCACCGGUUCUUCCAGGACAUUGGCUUUGAAGAUGGCUGGUUCAUGCGGCAGAACACAGAUGGGCUGGUUGAAGCCAUGGUGCCACCUGGUGUGCCGCUGCACUGCCUCUAUGGCACUGGUGUCCCCACACCAGACUCCUUCUACUAUGAGACCUUCCCUGAUCGCGACCCUAAAAUCUACUUUGGUGAUGGUGACGGCACUGUGAACUUGGAGAGUGCCCUGCAUUGCCGGACCUGGCAGAAACACCAAGAGCAGCAAGUGGCAUUGCAGGAACUACCAGGCAGCGAGCACAUCCAGAUGCUGGCCAAUGCCACCACACUGGCCUAUCUGAAACAAGUGCUUCUUGGGCCCUGAGUCCUGUGUCAGGCAGGGCUACUUGGAUGGGUCAGUCAUGGGACUUUUCAUGGCCUCUGAAGCUGUCAUGGAUUAUAAAUUUAGCAAAAUUGGUGGCCAAUAAAGAUCCUGGGUCCUGGGCUAUGAAGCAUCUGCCCUGGGAAGUAUUAUUGUUUAUUGUCCUUCAGUGGCCAUGAAUAAGGAAUAAAUGAGUGUGGACUGAAAAGACUUUGGACAUAAAGAACGCUGCUGUUAAUGGAAUUGUCACUCAGGACUGGCUCUGCACAGAGGGUUGGUUGGUACCUGGCUCCAAUGCCCAGCUCAAGGGCCAUGCAUUCCUCUUAGCCCUGUGGGCUUUCCGCACUCACCUACUGGCUGCUGGACUUCCCGUGAGGGCUAUCCUGAGCGCUGUGACCCUCAGGUGACCCUUCCCAUGCGUUGGCCUCAUACCAGCCUCCUCCUAGACAUGGAUGGCUGAAGUUGCUGGCUUUCCUAUGGACUCACUGGUGGAUAGCUUGGUACUCCCCUGCAGGCAGGGGAAGUUUUAUUUUCCAUGGCUCCCAGGGCUUGGGGCAUUCAUUUCAUUCCUACCUCUCUUGCCUGCAGUAGCAGCCAAGUCCUGAAUUGGGCAACAGAUGGCCACGAGGAGCCCUGAUCUCUGGUUGUACUAUGGGUCCCAGUAUUUUUUUUUUUUUUGUGGUACCAGGGAUUGAACUCAGGACCCUGCACUUGCCUACUGAGCUAUCUCCCUGGCCCUGGGUCCCAGUAUUAAAUCUGGCUCCCUUAGCUCUGGGAUUGUGAUUCAAGGAGAGCAGGGCCCAGUGCCAUGGCAUUCUGAGGUACCUGUAAAGAAAGGGAACUCUGAGGCAGCUCGCUGCUUGAGCUGCCCUCGUGUGAACCCCACUGCUACCCAUCUGGGCUGGGCCAGGGCUGAGAGGUGGGGGGCCCCUGCUCAGUACCUUCUGCUAAGCAGGUCUGUGGUUUUUAGAACAAAGGAAUGAACCGGGAGAUUUGAGUAAGCACCUGAUAGAGCCAGGAGGCUAGGUCUCCCUGGGUUUUCUGUCUGCUCUAUUGAUGCUGGAUAGGUCUCCCUAUGAUAGCAGGGAGGGAAGAGUCUGAGCUUUAGUUGGUGGCAGUAGGCUCUAGAUGGGUGCCCGACUGGAGACUGAGACUGAGGUCCAGCCUCAUGAUUGAAGUCUCAGAGCCACUGUCAGGCUGGACUUUGCUACUGUCCUACAAGGUUUCUUAGAGCUGGACUUUUGCUGUUGUGUAUGUGCCCAGCAUCUAUCUCCUGUCCUGAAUGGUGGGCUCCAUGUGGGGCCAGUGCAGGAUGUACCUCGACUCUGCAAUAAAGUAUUCUGGAUGCUG